AUGUCUUGCACGUUGUGGGGUGAGUAUGUUGACUACUUGGUGAAUCACUUAGCCAACACAAAUGAGGGGGAUAGUGUUGUCAUUGUUGUUCAAAUAUGCCGCCCCAAAAUGUUUCAAAGACAAAUUCGAGUGUCGAACACGUUCAAUGUUACCAAACUUAUCAUAAAUGGCGAUACUUUGGAAAUAAAUGAGUUUCGCAACAGGUUCAACAUUCAAGGGAGAGUUGAGCGAAAGAGCCUGAAAGCCCAAAGUCAAUUUUUUAAGACUAUAGACGGACUCCAUGCAACUGAAGAAGCCGGGAACUACUAUGUUUGUGCAAGAAUCAUUCAGUUUAACUGUGAUAGACAAUGGAGUUACAUUGCAUCUAAUAAUUGUUAA